AUGAUACUUCCAUUCAAGACUUGGAUAGAUGAAGAACGUAAAUGGAAAGACUGUAUAAAGAAAAAAGAUGUCAAGGCAGCAAGGGAAAUGCUAGACGACGGCAAUUUACCAAGUCAAGAAGUAUUACAAUUUGCUGUAAACAAUUUUACUUCUAGCAAUGAAACUCGGGAAAUAGUCAAAGAUAUAUGCCAGAGAAUUGAAAUACAAUUGCAGGAGGAACAUGAAGAAAUUGAAUAUAUAAAAGGCUGCUACAAGCAUGAUGACCCUUACAAAAAUGUUGUUUUUGUUAUCAAAACUUCAAAACCGACAACAAUUAGGAGCCAUUAUCGCUUGUAUGUAGUAGAACAAAACAAUAACGAAACAACGAAAGAAAUGGAAGGCGAAAAUUGCACAGGAUACCCAUCCGAAGAAAUGUUUCAAAGAGCUUGCGAGUGCUUGCGCAUGAAGUCCCCUCAUUUCAUGGAAGCUCAUAGCAAUCUCACAAGAACAUCUGUAAGGCCAGUUAAGUUGCGUAAACUGCAAACUCCUGAAAAAGCAGUUUGUAUAGUUUUUUAUGUUGAAGCUAAGGGUUACAUUCCCAUUGGAGAAAACGUCUUACCUGAACAGAUAAAAUACGAUGAUGAUAAGGCAUUUGUAACUGAUGUUAGAGAAGGUCAAUGUGCAACUGCCAUUGCUGGACCUUGUGAUAAGCAUGACGAUUUAAAAAUCGGUUGUAAAAUAGUAUCAAACACGGAUGAUGCGGGCACACUUGGUUGUUUCGUUAAUCAUCCAAAAGAUGGCUUAUGUGCAAUGUCUUGUGCACAUGUUUUCUUAACUGUUGAAGCAAUGAAAGUGGUUUACAAGUACGAGGAAAAACAGAACGUAGAGUCUCUGGGUACAAUCAAAUGUUUCCAGCCUGGAGAACCCGACCUAUGUGGAGAAGUAUGUGAUAUCAGGUUGUUUGGCAACAUAAAUAACUGCGGUAUGGACAUUGCGUUUUUCAAAGUUGAUGAGAAACGUAAACCAAAAACAACUGCUUUUCCAGAUGUUCCCGCAGAAAGGAUCUCUCCUUUGAUGAGUAAUGGUAGUGAAUUGAGAUAUAAUCCAAAAUCUGUUAUGCAAAACUCGAAAACAAUGGAAAUGACACUUUCUACUCAGUUCGUCAAAUAUGGAAUGAAAUCAAACUUAACUUCUGGAACGUAUCAAUGUUCUGGUGGAUCAGUCAGACUAAAAGUCUCUGGAAGAAGGCAAGGAAUAUUUCGGUAUGUUCUUGUCGACCAGAUAGAGAUAAGAGAUAAAACUGGAAAGUUCUGUCAACCCGGUGAUUCCGGUGCUAUGGUGUUUGUAAUAGAUAAAAACAAAGACCUCAUGGCUCUUGGUAUUCUUACUGGUCGUAUCGAAAGAAUAACUUACGUGACACCGAUCUGGAAUAUUUUGAAAGAAAUUGGAAUGCCAUUACCAUAUGUUCUUGCUGAACCCAUUUAGGCUCAUGUGAUCAUAUAAGAACUGAAACGUUCAGUUCUCUCGAUUAUGAACAAUUGGGCAAAGCUUUAACUAGCAUAUUAGAUCGGUAAGUAAAAUAAUUAGAAUACACAAAUGUAUAAACUUCAUGCGUAAAUCCUAGACAAAUUGACAUAAAUGAACUACAACUUUAAACUUCAAAUUAGAAAAAAAAAAUAUUGCCCCUCAUAUUUGAAACUUGAAAGUAAUCAAUUAUAUUUCUUAGACAUGGUGUUUGUCUGUAUCUUAUUUUCUUAUGUUUUUGACACCUUUUUUAAAUAAUUCAAGUUAUCUGCAAUAUUUUCAUGUUACCUUAAAACGAAAUAGUGUCGUCCUGGUUCUAGAGUUAUUUUGGUAGUAAUUAUAAACUUUUUUAAUUGAACCGUUUAUAAAAAAUGUUAAAUGUCAAUCAAUAUUCAUACACGACAAUUAUACUCGUUUUAAUCAGAAAUGGAAGCAGUUACAGUCGUUAUCUCUGUUUGAUUUAUAAUUUUGCCACAAUAAAAGGUCAAGAUUAUUUGUAGCAAAAAUAUUUGAAGAAAAAUGUUCCAUCUCUUAUAUGUACGAGGGUUGUCCAAACAAUUCGUGCACUGCAAUUAUUGUCGUGAGAGUUAUUGAUAGAAAAACAGAUUUCCCCUUCAAGUGAUAUAUAAUUCAUUUGUUUUUAUUAAUA